AGUGUAUGGCCCAUUGGAUGAAAAUCACACUGGAUACACUCGACAUUCCAUUUCCACCAUCAUAUAAAUUCUCGGAUUGUUCUAUGCGGGUACCAAUGCGGUGCUCGAUCGCGCUUCCAGGAACUUCGAGCAAAGGGCUACGAUGAUCGCGGCUCUUCCCAGCUACAGCAGCAGCGCCCUGGGCGAUGAUCACGACGAGCAGCAGAGCUCCUUCCAGGGCGGGAUCCUGGAGGUGCGCGUCCACGACGCGCAGGGGAUCCACAACAUUUGUAUCUACGACAAGCAGGACGUUUUCGCGAAGUUCUCCUUCACGCACGGCAAGGCCGAGCCCGUUUGCACGCAAGUGAUCGCCAAGGCCGGCAAGAACCCCGUCUUCAACGAGAGCUUCCAGCUGCCCGUGACGCGCCCAAACUCGGUGCUCAAAUGCGAGAUGUGGAUGAGCAGCCGAGCUCACAGCUACCUCGAGGACCAGCUCCUGGGCUUCGCGCUCGUUCCUCUCUCCAGCUUGGCUUCCAAAGGCCAAGACCAGCCGGAAGCAUACGGUCUCUCCUCCACCGAGCUCUUCCACUCCCCGGCCGGGAUCGUCCGCCUCACUUUAGCGUUUCGGGAGGGAGCUCUCGCAUCGGAUGAUCACGCCUCGCCUGCCGAUCAAUGCUCGCCAGGUCCGGUGGUCGGGGUGAAGAAAAAAAAGCACGGGUUCAUCAAGGUGUUCGAGGAUGGCCACGCGAGUUCUUCGUCCGGGUCGGAGUCGCCACCUUGGCAGGGUGAUGGCGGCGAGUUUGAGAGGAUCGAGUUCCCGGACUUGCAAGCCGCGUCCGAGGAUCAGCAGCUGGUGUCGAGCUACCUGGAGAUAUCUUCCUCGUCGCACAAGAGCAGUGGGAUCGUCACGGGGCCCUCGCUCCUGUUCGAGGCGAAAAGCUCGAGCAAGGAUCAUGAUUCCGGGAACUUAACGAGCAGUCACCAUCACCAAUACCACCGAGCAGCUGAGAAGAACACCUCGCCUUCGAGCAGCGAAGUGGGCACCACUUGCUCCGACGAUCAUGAUCAGUCGAGCGACAGCAGCGGUGUGAGCUCUGGGCCUCCAAGCGAUCAUCAUGGAUCGGGGGAGAGCUGCAAAGCGCAGCCGCCGUGCCGUGGAACCAGCCAGGAGGCGUCGUCGUCAUCGAUCAGCAGCGACUCUCCGGACAUGCAGCAGCAGUUCGUGGACAUGUACAUGAAGAGCAUGCAGCAGUUCACGGAGGCGCUGGCCAAGAUGCAGCUCCCGCUCGAUCUGGAUCGCAAGGAUACCUCCACUCCAAACGCCAAGAAGAGCAAGUCCCACCAGGACAGUGGUGAUCAUGGCAAGAACCACCGGGUUUUCUAUGGCAGCCGAGCCUUUUUUUAAGUGCUGGUCAGAAUAGAUAUCAUGAAUGACACAAGCUAUGGAGUGAUUUGAUUUUCAAAGCCUU